CCUGUGAGCGAGUGUAGAGAAGUGGGGAGUCUGCAGGAGGAGCGGAAGAAAGUGGGGAGCAUAGAGGAGGAAGGACGAGACAACAAAAAGAGAACAGGGAGAGAACAAAAAGAAAGGAGAGCGCAAUCAUGAAGGAAGCGUUGGGUUGGAUGGAAUGGCUAAGAGGAUGGCUCAAUAUCCUCUACGAGAUAUUUUUCCAAAGGAUUCUGGCGUGCCACCUCAAGAACCCCCUGCCUCUUCCUCCCCUGGGCGACCUCACCUGCAUUGUCACUGGUUCGACUAGCGGCAUAGGCCUGGAGAUAGCCAAGCAACUAGCAGAAUCUGGUGCCCAUGUGGUAAUGGCAUGUAGGAGAACGCAAGCUGGUCAGGAGUUGAUCCACAAAUGGCAAUCUGAAUGGUCUGGAAUGGGGCCUCCAUUGAAUGUAGAGGUGAUGGAGCUCGAUCUUCUCUCUCUAGAUUCAGUAAGAAGGUUUGCUGCUGCAUGGAAUGCAAGAUCAGGACCACUGCAUGUUUUGAUCAACAAUGCUGGCAUUUUCUCAAUAGGAGCUCCUCAAGCUUUUUCAGUGGAUGGACAUGAAGAACACAUGCAAGUGAAUCACCUGGCUCCAGCACUUCUUACAGUAUUACUAUUACCAUCUUUGAUCCGAGGCUCUCCCAGUCGAAUUGUGAAUGUAAACUCUAUUAUGCACCAAGUAGGCUUUGUUGAUCCUGAUGACAUGAAUGUGGUGUCUGGCAAGAGGAAAUUUUCAAGUCUAAUUGGCUAUUCAAGUAGCAAACUUGCUCAGGUUAUGUUUAAUAGCAUUCUCAAUAAAAAGAUACCUUCAGAAGCCGGCAUCAGUGUCACAUGCGUAUCUCCUGGAACAGUUCAAACAAAUGUUGCCAGAACUCUUUCUAGCACUAUUCAAGCUGCAUAUCAUCUGAUUCCAUAUUUCCUUUUCACUCCACAAGAAGGUGCAAGGAGCACUCUGUUCACAGCAACUGACCCACAAGUUCCAGAAUAUUGCUCCGUAUUGAAGGCAGAUGAUUGGCCCGUCUGUGCCUAUAUUUCAGUUGAUUGUCGACCAACCAAUGCAUCUGAAGAGGCACAUAAUUUGGAAACGUCAAAGAGGGUGUAUGAGAAGACUAUGGAGCUUGUUGGUCUCCCUCCAGAUGUGGUGGAGAAGCUUUUAGAAGGGGAAGAAGUUCUCACGGAGGAGAUUGAAAGAGAUCACAGCCAUUGAUCCACGUAAAUUUUAGCUUCAUCAAGCAUAAACUUGACAGUGCAGUCUCACCUGGAUCAGAAGUUUGAUUCUUUUUUGGGUCUUUUCAUUUCUUACCAAUAUUCAAAGAAUGCUGAUCCUUCUCCUUUGGUUUUUACUUUUGGAAUUUAAUGUGACUUUAACAGUAGAUCAAUGGCAAUUGUUAAAUUGUAACGAGAUUGGGGUGCUUGCUUUUUGGAUAAUGGAAAAUUAUGUGGGCCCAUGAUGUGAGCCCUCAUCCUGAUC